AUGGCACCACAAUCGACUCCUAGUAAUGUUUCCAGUGCUUCUACUGAGAAAGGAGAAGCAAAUCUCCUUCCACCAUCUCAUCCUUACUACUUGAAUGCCUCAGAUUCACCUGGAAUGAAUUUGAUAAAUGUUAAUUUUGAUGGAGCCAGUUUUGGAAAUUGGAAGAGAGGAGUUCUGAUUUCUCUCUUAGCCAAAACCAAGUUACGCUUUAUCAAUGAAAAGGCACAAGUACUAGAUGAAACCUCAUCUCCGUUUGAGCAGUGGAGAAGGUGCAAUGACAUGGUCAUUGCUUGGCUUUUGAACUCUCUAAGAAAGGAUAUUUCAGAGAGUGUGAUUUAUUCACAAACAGCUUCAGAUCUAUGGAAUGAGCUCCAAGAGAGGUAUGGUCAGCUUGAUGGUUCAAAACUUUUUCAAUUACAAAGAGAUCUCAAUAAUAUCACCCAAGGAACAAUUGAUGUUGCAAGUUAUUUCAAUAAACUGAAGAAACUGUGGGAUCAACUGAAAGUGCUCAAUACAUUUAUGGUGUGUAGCUGUGAAUGCAAGUGUGGUGUUAAGGAACAUAAUCAUAAGAUGAAUGAAGAUAUGAAGCUAGUACAGUUCCUAAUGGGACUUAAUGAAGCUUUCCCAACAUGUAGAGGGAACAUUCUUAUGAUGAAACCACUACCCUCUAGUAAUCAAGGCUUAUUCAAUCAUCCUCCAUGA